GCAGAAGUUAUGGGCUUGCCACUUAACAAGCCAGACUUGUGAAUGGCAUCGUAGAAGUAGAAGGAUCAUCGUUUCAAUUUGAAGUCACAUUCAAAUUCAGAUAUUCUAUAUCAGUUGGGAAAUUUGAAAUGGCCACAACUUCUCCUUCUUCGACCACCACGCCAAGUGCUGCUGAUCUGACGAAGCAGAUGAGGACUCAUGAAGUCGCCAUCGCAGAGCUCAACAACCAGCCUUCUUCCAGAGCUGUGUAUCAGAGAAAUGGGAACUUAUUUUUUCGCACAACCAUCCAAACAGCAACUGCAAUGGAGCAGAAACAACUUGAGUCAGCCAAAGCAAAGUUAAAAGAUAUGAAUUCUUCUUCGUAGUCAUAUGUUAGAAGCCUGAUGGUUUGGGAGUAAUGAAGCAGUUGCAACCAGGACAUGUUUCACUUGGAAACUUCAUUUAUAAAGAGCUGCCAUGUCUUGAAUAUGUCAAAUGCUUUCACCACAAUGAUAUUGUUCUAGACACCGUACAAAAUGAACAUUUGGUGAAUACAUAUAGAUAUUGUACCAAUCUUUAUGAUUUUUGUCUUUGUUCUCAAGUAUUAUUACUCUUUCUCUUGAUUACAUAUGUACUCAAUAUAUGUUGGCACAAAUAGGAAGAAGCUUGACUAUUCUACAAAGAGAGAGAGGCAUAUGAGUAAACUGUAAUUGGGUGCUCUACAA